CAAGCAAGAACAAUUAUUCAGAAGGUAUCUCUCCCAAAACCCUAAUCCUCCAUCUCCUAAUUUCUCGUUCUCUAGCCCUCUAAGGCUUCGGGCUUCGGCCGAUUCUAUCUUCUAUUCUUCUUCUUCUUCCCCAAAUUCCCAAUCCUCUCAGUUCUCGAUCUCAAUCCCUCUAAAGGCUUCUCUUCUCAAAUCCCUAAUUCUAUUUGUAUAACCCUAAUAUCCAAAUUAUCAAACCCGAUAGAAACCUUGUUUCUAUCAUUUGGUAUCAGAGCCAACAUGAGCUCGUCACAGCUCUCUGAUCUGGAGUGGGCUCAAAUCAACCAACAGCUGCAGCAAGAAAUCGACGCGCUUGAUCGAGUGGCGAUGGCGCGCGAGUGGAAGGGGGCGGUCGAGCCACCGUCUGGUGCGCCGGCGACAAUAGCCGAGGGCGCUGGUGCAGGGGAACUUUGCACGGCAAAGGAAGAUGAGGAUGAUGGCGUCGACAACACAGCUGAACCGCGACAGUCGUGGGAGCAGGUUGAGCUGACCGGCGAUGGUAAAAUCAAAGGAGGAGAUCUUGUGACUCUUACCGCUGCCAUCAAGCAGCCUACUCCUACCACCGAUGAAACCAUGGAUUUGGAAGAAUGGUUAGAACAACCUGCUUCCCCGAUUGAGGCGGUGACAGGCGGAGCGGCGGUGCAGGUGGAUCGCGCGGAGGAGGAUGCGCCACGUGGCUGGGCGGCGCCGACCGAGGCGGAGAAGGAAGUCGUGGACGCCGACGCGGGGGAGCACUGAGCGGCGGAGGCGGCAGGUGGGGAGCUUUCUCACUCUUUGUCGGAGUUGAGGGGAGCUUUCUCAGUUCUCGAUCUCAAUCCCUCUAAAGGCCUAGGCCGAUUCUCUAUCCUUCUCUUCUCAAAUCUCUAAUUCUAUUCAUAUAACCCUAAUCUCCAAAUUAUCAAACCCGAUAGAAACCUUGUUUCUAUCAUCCCUCUCCAGUGCAUUCUCCCUCAACCUUCCUUUGUUGUGCGACUGCGAGAUCCUUCCCUUUCCUCCAACCCAACGCGCCUCACACCCAUAACCACUUCCGCCCGCUCCCACCUCCAGCACCAAAUCAGCCAUCAUCGCUGCCAGCUCCCCCGCCAUUGUCAGAUCUUUAAAAAAAAAAAAAAAGAGAGUCCGUCUCAAAAACCCAUAUAUAAAUCCUUCUUUUGUUUUCCCAACUCUUCCUCUUUUCCGAUUUUCCCAAUUUUUCUCGUUUGAAUCCUCCCCAAACCAUAACCAAAAAUCCCAAAUCCAAACUCAACCUUCCUUUCCCCAAAAUCCCUCCAUCCUUCUGACGCAAUCUUCAAUCUAUCUCCCCAAACUAGAUCUCGGUGACGUUCUGCCGCAACAGAAGUGGCCGUCGACUUGAGCGCCGAUCAAACAUUCACUCCGACGACCAUGAAAGCUCAGCCAUAAUCGACCUCCAAGUCGUCGCGUCGACACAAACGCAGCCUCUUGUUUCGAGAAGAAAGGGAGCUCCAGCCGACGGAUUUGACUCGUCCUCGCCGUACAUGCUCAGCACGCUCGACCCAGAUAAGGCGUCGCUCUGAGAAGGCAGAGGAAGAAAAUGGUUUAUGGUUUUUUUACUUUAAUUUUUUUUUGUUAAUCCACGUCAGUUAGUGGGGACAGUAAAUUGUCAAGUCAGCAUCUUCCGUUAGUACAGUCAUACCGUCAACCGACGCCGUUAACAAGAUGGACGGAAUUGUUUGUUUUGUAUUUUCUAAUAGUUAUAGCUAUAUUUAUUACAAACCUGAAAGCUAUGACUAAAUAAGUGUAUUUCGCCUUAAAUUUAAUGUAUCUCUCCUCUCUGUUAUUCCUCUACCGAAUUUCUCUAAACCGUAAAUUCCUGAUUUUGUACUUCAUGUUCUAAUUUUGGUUACCGAGAGGUAUUAAUAACCAAAUUUAUUGGUUGCGAAAAGUAUUAUUUCUUUGUAGUGUCUCAAUUGUCUUCUAAUCGUAUUUCGUUUAUACUGAUCUAGGGCGCCAAAAGUUGGUCAUUUAUCAUGCAGGGGCUAGUGUUUUACCAUAUCUCGAUCGAGGAAUGUAUUGGUUAUAUAUAUUGUUUUUAAACGAUUUUCCUACUGUGGAAGAGACGACUUCAACCAAGAGCGAGGAAAAAGGGGACGACACGAGUUGGCGGCGAUUUCGCGGCCGGCGGCAGAGGGAAAAUCCGUCGGAGGUGAUUGCGAUUCCACUGGCGGUGUAGGUAGAUGAAAUUGGUUUUGGAAAAUCAUACAACCAUAUCUUAAUUCCCUUGAUAAGUUACUCCCCCUGUGAAUUCGUUAUUGCCACCAAAUUAUUCCAGUGACAAAAUGGUAUUCGCGACCAAUGUCGUGUUUAGUGACCAAAUGUACAGGUUGCUAAAGAACAGUUUCUCUUACAGUGGCGCGGAGAGGCGACUUCAAUCCAAACAAUAAAAAUUUUCCUUAUCA